AUGAAAACUUCGACAAUGAAUUUAUCAUUAUCCGGAUGUGGAUUUCUUGGUGUUUAUCAUAUUGGUGUUAUAUGUGCUUUCAAAGAAUAUGCACCAAAUAUAUUAGAAGGAAAAAUGGCUGGUUGUUCAGCUGGUUCACUUGUAGCAGCAUGUGCUAUUUGUGACUGCUGUCUAGGUCAAAUGGCUAGUGAUGCAUUAGAAAUUGCUUUACGAGCUAGAAGUCGUGUACUUGGCCCUUUACAUCCAACCUUUAGUAUUGUCGAUAUCAUAAGAAAUGGACUAAGAAGAAUUUUACCGCCAAAUGCUCAUGAAUUAUGUUCAAAUCGUCUUUACAUUUCACUGACACGUUGGAAAGAUAAUAAAAAUGUUAUUAUUAGCCAAUACAAUAGUCGUGAAGAACUUAUUCAGGCUUUAAUCUGUAGUAGUUUUGUUCCAUAUUGGUCUGGUAUUAUACCAAAUAAAUUUCGAGGCCUUUAUUAUUGGGAUGGUGGUUUAACAAACAAUAAUCCAAUUAUUGAUGAAAAUACAAUAUUAGUAUCACCAUUUGCUGGCGAAAGUGAUAUAUGCCCACGUGAUGAAUCUGGGUCAUUUUAUAGUGUUGAUUUUAGAGGCACAGAUAUAUCUUGUACACAAGAAAACUUAUAUCGUUGUACUCGUGCUCUAUUUCCACCUGAAUUAUCAGUAUUAAAACAAAUUUGUUGGCGUGGCUACGUUGACGGACUAAAAUAUUUGCAAACACAUAAUUUGAUGAUAACUGCACGUCUAACGAAUAAAUCAAGUAUAUCUAGCAUGCUUGGCAGAGAUUAUAGUGAACCGAAUGAUGAGAAACUUUUGGCUAAUAUUGGCAUUGAUGACGUACAUCAAAUGUUUGCUAUUGAGAGUGAGGAUGAGGACGAUAAUUCAACGGACAGCAAUAGUUUAGAAGGAGAUAGUGAUCACCAUACUCAAGGAGAAUUUAGUGAAUUUUGUCGACAACCAGAUCCAAGAAAUGAACUACCGUCACCACUCGUAGCAGUGUUCAAUAGUGCCUUGAACGAUGAAUUACGUAAUUUAGGAAAUGUUGUUAAUCGAUCUACUCUACUUAAUAUUUGGUCUUAUAUAGCAUUGCCUAUCAUAUUACCAAUAGAUUUAACAUAUUCCGUCACAAAAAAAAUAUUAGGAUUUAUACCAUAUUUUCUACCUGGUACAUCAACCAUCAAUCAAUCAAAGUCUAUACCGUUACACUUUUUUAAAUGGUUAUUUUCAAAUGAAGAUGAUGAUAAAAAGUAUUGUUAUCACGUUGUGGAUUGUGUGUGCAAUGAUAAACCAUCCUCCGUCGCAUCAUCUCGCUAUAAACAACGAAGAAAAAUGCGUCAAUCAUCGUAUAAUAGUGUCAUCAGCACCGUUCCAUCAUCAAAAUCAGGCUCCUUUACAAAUAAACAAGGUGGAUAUCACACAACAAAUAUUACGUCAACAAUAAUGAACGUAUGCAGUGAGAGUGACCUGACUGAUGUUAUUAUUGAUGACCCUGAUAGCACUUCACAAUAUGGUGAAAGCGCUGUAUCACAACAUUUAACACAUCCAGCUGAAGCGUAUCAACCACGACCUUGUUUUCCACCAAGAUUAAAAACAUCAAAAAAGAAAAGAAGAGGACGACAACGUGAAUCAGAUACUAGUCAACAGUCCGAAAACGAUUCAAAUCAAAAAACAUACAAAAAUAAAUUACAACAAAUGGCCGAUCUAUCUAAAAGACAUUUUAAUGAACAAGGUUUAACAACAACAACACUACCAUUUUUUGGGAAAGACGUCGAUAAUGUUCAAGAACCAUUACCCACCUCUACUUUAGAAAAAUCAGUUGUAUUUCAUGAGACACUUUGA